AUGGUUGGCAGAAGAGCUUUUCCGAGAGGGCAACAAGACGAAGAUGAGCAGCAGGACAGCUUACGAAAAGACCUCGAGUCCAGUGCCAGCCCAAAGCUGAAACCGAGGCCAAGGUUUAAGGAUGCUGUGGAAGAUGCCAUGAGCCGGGAGACUACCCUGCAGCUGAAAAAGCAGUUGACCGAAGGCAUCGACACAAAGGAGUACAAAAAGUAUCGCAAGACCGAUGAUGAGAUCAAAAACAUCAAGAACAAAAAGGUCCGAGCAUAUUACUCAAGCAUCAACCAGCGACUUGACGACUGGCUCGAGGUCGACACCAUCGUCGGCGCCAUGGCAGACGACAUUAUGGACAGCAUGGAUCCUGACGCCGAUCACGAUGGUAUUAUGGAUCAUGCUGGAGGCUUACAGCAUGGUGGAGAGAACAUCGAAGGCAUGCUACCUCAGGACGUACAAGAAAAGAGAAGGAAAGACAAGAAGACCGCAAGAAGGGCAAUCAACGUCAACGUACUAGCAAACAUUAUCCUACUAAUUGCAAAGGGCUUUGCUGCUCUGUCCUCCAGUUCCUUGUCUUUGAUCGCCUCUCUACUCGACUCCGCCCUGGAUUUGUUGUGUACCGCUAUCGUGUGGACCACCAAUAGAUUGGUCUCUUGGAGACUGGAUAGUCUUAAGAAGACUUUCCCCGUGGGGCGCAGGCGACUCGAACCUGUUGGCAUCCUGGUCUUCUCUGUUAUCAUGAUUAUCUCCUUUGCACAAAUCCUCCAGGAGUCGGUCCAAAGACUCUUACCCAAAGGCGACCACUCAAUUGCCACAUUGCCUGCUGUCGCUAUCGCUGCAAUGGCGGGAACUGUUGGUCUAAAAGGAAUCAUCGGUCUUUUUUGCGUCAAAAUCAAAACAACUCAAGUUCAGGCUCUGGUCCAGGACUGUAAAACCGAUGUUUACUUCAACACUUUAUCUCUGCUCUUUCCACUUAUCGGCAAAGCUGCUGGAGUUUGGUGGCUCGACCCGGCAGGUGCUGCCAUCCUCUCCCUGUAUAUCAUCUAUGACUGGUCAGCCACUGCUAUGGAAAACGUCACAAAUCUUUGUGGCGCUCAGGCCGAGAUGGAGCUACUCAAGAAAUUGACCUACAUGGCUUUCAGAUUCUCACCUUUGGUAUCAGGCUUCAAGUCAAUCACUGCUUACCAUGCUGGAGAUGGCAUUUGGGUCGAAUACGACGUUCUCCUAGACGAAAAGACUCCGCUCCGAAGGGCUCACGAUAUUUCAGAAACAUUACAAUAUUGUGCCGAGGCCCUUCCCGAUGUCGAUCGCUGUUUCGUGACUUGCGACUACUCAUCGGCAAAUCCUUCAGGACACGGAGCUGAUUCGACGACCAACAGCUAG